UUCCCAUUUCUUACUUUUCUGCUAAACCUUCAUUUUUAACUCACUCGCUUUUUUCAUCUGAAGACCUCCAAAGGGUACUUAUUUUCUUCACAAUCCCAUCCGAUUUCUCUCCAUUUUCUCUUGUCCUUUCAAAUUAUAGGAUUCUCCUUCUCUGAGUCCCGCAAUUGAGGCGCAAUGUACAUCAAGGAAAUAUGUUUGGAAGGGUUCAAAUCCUACGCCACGAGGACCGUCGUCCCUGGUUUCGAUCCCUUCUUCAAUGCCAUUACGGGUUUAAACGGGUCGGGGAAAUCCAACAUUUUGGACUCGAUUUGCUUUGUCUUAGGUAUCACCAAUUUGCAGCAAGUUCGAGCUGCCAAUCUUCAAGAGCUCGUUUAUAAGCAAGGCCAAGCUGGAAUUACUAAGGCAACCGUCUCCAUUAUCUUCGACAACUCCGAUAGAUCUCGGAGUCCACUUGGUUAUGCGGAUCACUCUGAGAUUACAGUAACUCGACAAAUUGUAGUUGGUGGGAGGAACAAAUAUUUGAUCAAUGGAAAACUUGCGCAGCCAAGCCAAGUACAGAACCUUUUCCAUUCGGUUCAACUUAAUGUUAAUAAUCCGCAUUUUCUGAUAAUGCAAGGUCGCAUCACCAAGGUUUUAAAUAUGAAACCUCCUGAGAUUUUAUCGAUGCUUGAAGAGGCUGCUGGGACAAGAAUGUAUGAAACAAAGAAAGAGUUCGCAUUGAAAACACUCGAGAAGAAACAGAGUAAGGUAGAUGAGAUAAAUAAGCUUCUUGAUCAAGAAAUACUGCCUGCUUUGGAGAAGUUAAGAAAAGAACGGAUGCAGUAUAUGCAAUGGGCUAAUGGGAAUGCGGAGCUGGAUCGACUUAAAAGGUUUUGUGUUGCUUACGAGUAUGUUCAAGCAGAGACGAUUAGAGAUAGUGCGGUUGGUGAAGUGGAAAGAGUAAAGGCAAAGAUAACUGAAAUUGAUAAUGAUGCAGAAAGAACAAAGGUGGAAAUUCAGGAUAUGGAGACAAAUAUAUCGAAGCUGACUGCUCAAAAGGAAGCUACUUUGGGUGGAGAAGUUAAAACCUUGUCUGAUGAAGUAGAUUCACUAUCUAAAUCUCUAGUGCAGGAAGUGUCUGUGCUGGAGAGUAAAGAGGAUACUCUCAAGGGUGAGAAAGAGAAUGCUGAAAAGAUCAUUCACAACAUUGAAGAUUUAAAGCAGUCUAUUGAAGGUAAAGCCAUUGCACUGCAAAAGUCUGAACAAGGAGCAGCUGAUCUGAACAAGAGAUUUGAGGAUCUUUCUAAGAGUUUGGAAGAUCUUGAAAAGGAACACCAGGCUGUCCUAGCUGGCAAGAGCAGUGGAAAUGAAGAGAAAUGUCUAGAGGAUCAACUAGGAGAUGCCAAAGUUGCUGUUGGGACUGCUGAAACAGAAUUGAAGCAGCUGAAAACAAAAAUUAGCCAUUGUGAAAAGGAGCUAGGAGAGAAAACACGCCAAUUAAAGUCAAAGCGUGCAGAAGCAGUUGAUGUGAAGAAUGAGCUUAAUUCUAGGAGAAAAGGUUUGGAAAAAGUUGAAAUUGAGUUGGAAAAUCUUCCAUACAAAGAAGGCCAGAUGGAAGCAUUGCAAAAGGACCGUGCAUCUGAGUUGGAGCUCAUCCAGAAGCUGAAAGAUGAAGUACGGGAUCAUUCAGCGCAGUUAGCAAAUGUUCAGUUCAAUUAUCGUGAUCCCGUGAAAAAUUUUGACCGGACAAAGGUGAAAGGAGUGGUUGCAAAACUAAUAAAAGUGAAGGAUAGCUCAGCAAUGACAGCCUUAGAGGUUACAGCAGGUGGAAAGUUAUUUAAUGUGGUCGUUGACAGUGAAAAUACAGGAAAGCAACUGCUUCAGAAUGGUGAACUACGAAGAAGAGUAACAAUUAUACCUUUAAACAAAAUCCAACCUAAUAAUGUUCACCCUAGGGUCCAGCAGUCUGCUACUAGAUUGGUUGGCAAGGAGAAUGCAAAGCUGGCACUUUCUUUGGUUGGCUUUGAUAAGGAAUUGGAGAGUGCUAUGGAAUAUGUAUUUGGUGGCACUUUUGUUUGUAGAACCACUGAAGCUGCAAAGGAGGUUGCUUUUAAUCGGGAAAUUCGUACUCCUAGUGUCACCCUUGAAGGUGAUAUAUUUCAACCUAGUGGUCUUUUAACUGGUGGAAGCCGCAGGGGUGGUGGUGAUCUGCUAAGGCGACUUCAUGAUUUGGCAGAGGCUGAAUCAAAACUUGCAGUGCACCAGAAGAAGUUAUCAGAAGUUGAAGCAAAGAUUGCAGACCUUCUGCCUCUUCAGAAAAAGUUCACGGACCUUAAAGCACAGUUAGAACUUAAAAUGCAUGAUCUUUCCUUGUUUCAAAACAGGGCAGAGAAAAAUGAGCAUCAUAAGCUUGCAGAAAUGGUAAAGAGCAUCGAGCAAGAACUUGAACUAGCAAGAUCAACUGUUAAAGAAAAGCAGAUUUUGUAUGAAAAACUUGUUAGUACAGUUUCAGAACUUGAAAAAUCAAUUAGGGAUAAUGAUAAUAAUAGAGAGGGCAGACUUAAAGACUUGGAGAGGAAGAUUAAGGCCACAAAAGCUAAAAUGCAGUCAGCUUCAAAGGAUCUCAAGGGGCAUAUAAAUGAAAAAGAGAAACUUGUCAUGGAACGGGAGGCAUUCAUACAAGAACAAUCAUCUUUAGAGAAUCAAUUGACUUCUUUGAAAGUGCAAAUUAACAAUCUCAAUGUGGAAAUGCAGGAACAAGUGGCCAAGGUUGAUUCCUUAAAAAAAAAUCAUGACCAGUUGCUAUCUAAGUUGGAUUCUGCUCGUUUAAAGAUGAAGGAGUGUGAUUCGGAAAUUAGCAGUAUUCUUAAGCAGCAGCAAAAACUUCAGCAUAAGCUUAGCAACGUGAAGCUUGAGAGGAAAAAGUUGGAAAAUGAGGUAAAGCAAAUGGAGAUGGAGCAGAAAGAUUGCUCCACGAAAGUAGACAAACUGAUUGAGAAGCAUGCCUGGAUUGCUACUGAAAGGCAACUUUUUGGCAGAAGUGGGACAGAUUAUGAUUUUGCAUCCCGUGAUCCUCAUAAAGCAAGGGAAGAACUUGACAAGCUUCAAACUGAACAAUCAAGCCUUGAAAAAAGAGUGAAUAAGAAAGUGAUGGCGAUGUUUGAGAAAGCUGAAGAUGAGUAUAAUGAUUUGAUGUCGAAGAAAAACACUGUGGAGAACGACAAAUCUAAAAUUAAGAAGACAAUUGAAGAGCUAGAUGAGAAGAAGAAAGAAACACUAAAGGUCACUUGGGUCAAAGUUAACCAUGAUUUUGGGUCCAUCUUUUCUACCCUGUUGCCGGGAACUAUGGCAAAGCUUGAACCACCAGAAGGCUGCAGCUUCUUAGAUGGUCUUGAGGUCCGUGUUGCAUUUGGUGGUGUUUGGAAACAGUCCUUGUCUGAGUUGAGUGGGGGUCAACGGUCUCUACUUGCACUUUCACUAAUCUUGGCUCUGCUGCUGUUUAAACCGGCUCCACUUUAUAUACUUGACGAAGUUGAUGCUGCACUAGAUCUAAGCCACACUCAGAAUAUAGGGAGAAUGAUUAAGGCUCACUUUCCGCACUCCCAGUUUAUUGUUGUUUCACUGAAAGAGGGCAUGUUUAAUAAUGCCAACGUUCUUUUCCGAACAAAAUUCGUGGAUGGUGUUUCCACAGUCCAGAGGACCGUUGCAUCUAAGUCUAGCAGGUGAUCGUCCAGUCCACCCACAAAUAGAAAAACAAGUGAAACCUCUUUCCAGUGAAUUUCAACAACUGAGAAGGCCGGAAGCCUGCUACAUGAUGUACGUAUGAUUGUAUAAAUUAUGGAGUUUGUGUGCGAGUGGAGGUCUAGAAAUCCUUGACCAUGGUAACUUCUCAUAUUUAAGAUGCGUACUUGGUAGUGUAUGUUCCAAGUUUUAUUCACCAAUGUUUCUUUAUUCAUAUUGAGUAUGCAAGUCGCAGAACUGGAUCUAUUUGAACUGAGCUCUUCGGUAAGUGUUCUACUUACAUAUAUGCAUUGCGGACAUUCUUGCUUAUAGAUUUAACUGUGAAAAUGAAAUGGUAGUUAUAUCAA